GGCUCCGGUGGGCCGGAGCAGGGCGCGUCGGCGGGCGCCUCGACGCCGGGUGCCGGUGCGAGCAACGGCGGCGCCGCGACACCGUCCAGUGCCAGCACCACCCCGAACAACAGCAACAACGCGGACCUGAGCGUGAUUGUGACCCCGGGCUCGCUGCCGGGUGUGCCCGUGAGCCAGGGCGACGAGCACCACCAUCACCAGCAGUUCAACAUCUUCCCGGCCUUCUUCUCCAAGCAGCUCAACUUCAACCACCACCAGAGUACGGCGGUGGCCAACACCACCAAACUCAUGGACGACCUGCGGCCCAACCUCAGCCUGCUCGGGGUGGCCGGGCUCGUGGAUGACCACCACCUGCACCAUCACCACCACCACCAUACCGGGGCGAGCAUGUCGCCCGGGCACGACCGCCUGUCCUCGGACAGGAUCGCCUCCCUGCAGGAGAAGAUCCGGAAGUGUGGCGGGGGCGGCGGCGGUGGCGUGGGUGGCGAGGACUUUGCAUCGCUGUACCAGCAGCCGCUGCAGCAGCACAUGGAGAGUACUCCCGCGCACACGCCCACCCAUACGCCCUCGCCUGUCGUCAAUCGUGGCAUUCAGGACCACACCGGUGAGUCGGCUGCGCAUUCUCCUUGUCAUUAGCUGGAUAAACUAUCUUGUUAGAUAGUGCUUCCUAUAGGUUUUGCAAACUUGAGCAGUAUUUUUAAAGUGACAAUGUCUGGUAGUCUUGAUCCUGUUUUAAUGCUUUUGUGACCAUCUAGUAAGGCCGACUUAAAGCUCAAAUUUUAAUUAUUAUUAAUCAAGAUUUGAUUUACACAAAAACAACUAUGAUAUGCAGUACUAGAUAAAAGGGGUCAGUAGACUAGACUCACAUAGCCGAACCUCUCAUGUCAUCAAUCUGACUGCAGCUUACAUUUUGUUUUAGAUAUAUCCGAUUCUCCAGCUGUCUAUUCUGUUUUUAUAACUA